CAGUGCAUUAAUUACAGUACAUUAAUGUUGGCCGUGGGGUCUUUGUUGAAGACCUCUGGAGCUCCUAGAAUACGAACACACUGUUGAUUUUAUUUUGAAGGCAACUUCCGGCUGUAUCUGUCCGCUCGUUUGCUGCUUUGACGCAGGUUGAUGCUGUGGAUAACUGGGAGUGACGCAAAGAAGAAGAGGUUUAAGGGAAACGACAGGGUGGUGAUACUGGGAAAACCGUAGUCCUGAUUUGACUGGUUCGAAUCUCCGCACCCCCGUGUCUGUCUCUCUGUCUGUCUCUCUGUCUGUCUCUCUGUCUGCGUCUGUCCGUGUCCAGGCAGGACAUGACACUCAUCUACACACAGUGAAGAUCAUCAGUCAUCACAUCCUGCAGGGCGGAUCCGUGACAGGUGACACCGGUCCAUGGGGCAGUGGCCUAGUCCAGUCGUUUCUAUCUGAAGUUGUGGGUCACAGUCAGAGGAGGGUCAUUUGGGAACAGCUCUUCUUCCUCUUCAUCUCUCGCCACCAUGAACUACCUUCGCCGUCGACUCUCGGACAGCAAUUUUAUGUCCAACCUGCCCAACGGUUACAUGAGUGACCUGCAGCGCCCCGACCCUCCGCAGCAGGCCCCCCCUCUGUCGCCCGGGCCGACGGAGCGACGCCAGCCCAGCAGCCAGCCGCUCUCCAGCAACGCCAAGAUCCUCCUGGUCAUCGAUGACCAGCAGACCGACUGGGUGAAGGUGUUCAGAGGCAGAAAGAUCCAGGGUGAAUAUGACCUGAAGGUGGAGCAGGCUGAAUUCUCUGAGAUUAGCCUGGUGGCUAAUGCUACCGGCACGUACAAUGUGAACAUUGAUGCAAUAAGGAACGCACAUAGAGUCACUAAGUCCUUUAAGCCCGACUUUGUGCUGAUCAGACAACAUGCCUUCAGUAUGGACCAAAAUGGAGACCACAGAAACAUAGUGAUCGGGCUUCAGUACGCUGGACUUCCCAGUGUCAACUCUCUGCACUCUGUCUACAACUUCUGUGAUAAACCAUGGGUGUUUGCCCAGAUGUCUCGGGUGUGUAAACAGCUGGGUUCAGAAGAGUUCCCUCUGAUCGAGCAGGUUUAUUAUCCCAAUCACAAGGAGAUGAUUACGUCUCCUCGUUUCCCAGUAGUGGUGAAAAUGGGCCAUGCUCACUCAGGAAUGGGAAAGGUGAAGGUCGAUAAUCAAUACGACUUCCAAGACAUCGCCAGUGUCGUGGCUUUGACCAAGACUUAUGCCACAGCCGAGCCCUUUAUCGACGCUAAAUAUGACGUUCGCAUCCAGAAGAUCGGCAACAACUACAAGGCUUAUAUGCGAACAUCGAUCUCUGGAAACUGGAAAACCAACACCGGCUCCUCCAUGCUGGAGCAGGUGGCCAUGUCAGACAAGUACAGGAUGUGGGUGGACUCCUGCGCCGACAUCUUCGGAGGGUUAGAUAUCUGUGCUGUGGAGGCGCUGCACGGUAAAGACGGCCAGGACUACAUCAUAGAGGUGGACGACUGUUCGAUGCCACUGAUUGGAGACCAGCAGGACGAAGACCGUGUUCAGAUCGCAGAGCUUGUGGUUUCCAAGAUGAACCAGACUGUUCCACGCACUCCAAGUUCUUCCACUGUUCGUGCUACAGCAGCACAACCAUCACAGAAAGCAGUUUCUCCUCAACCUGUUUCUCAGCCAAGAGUGCCACAGGCUCAACAGCGCCCCUCACCACAGGGAGGUCCUCAGCAAAGCCCCCCUUCUCAGCAGCGUCCUUCUCCUCAAGGACAACCCCCUCCACAGGGUCAGCAAGGUGCUAGCCCUCCAGCAGGUGAACCCACGGCCCAGGCUAAAGCUAACCAAGGACCAGCGACUCAAGCGCGGCCACAAGGAGGUACUGCUCCAGGCCCGAGACCCUCUUCUGGACCCGGCUCUCCUCAGCGGAGUCAGGGGGGCUCCCCUCAAGCUCAGAGGCAACACUCUGUAACCCAGCAGCAGCAGAAAACCACUGCUGGGGGGCCUGGCCAGAAACCUGCAGGGGGGGCACCUACGCAGCAAAGGCCAGUCCAGCCACCGAGGCAGCAGUCACAGGGGGGGGGGCCUCAACAACAGAGAGCUUCUGGUCAGCAGGCCCGUCCUGGAGCCCCCACCACCCAGCAACCACGGCCCUCCACCCAAGGCCAAGGUGGGCGACCACCCCUGCAGCAAAAGCCUCCGCCCCCACAGAAACCCAGCCAGGACAUUUCUACAACCAGUGGCUCACCACAACUGAACAAAUCCCAGUCUCUUACCAAUACCUUCAACAUUCCAGAAACCCCAGCACCACGGGCCAGCCUUAGCCAGGAUGAGGUGAAGGCAGAAACCAUACGCAACCUGCGUAAAUCUUUUGCCAGUCUCUUCUCAGACUGAGAUAAUGCAUCCCUCUCCACCCCCACCCCCACCCCCACUGACAGAAAGAUGGACAGGUGAACUGAAGGACAGAUCACGUCUUCCCCCGACCAACAAGGACCAACAGGACGUGGCCUCCACUCUGCGUACGUUUGUCCAGUUUGAGAUGAAAAUGUUUCACAUUCACUGCCUCAAAAAGUUGAACAAAAAAGUUACAGGAACUAAAUCUGAUCUUGAAUCUGUCGCAAACAUUCCUCCGUUCAUAUAACACCUCCAGAUCUAAUAUUUUGACAAACUGUGAGAUAAUACAGUAUGUCUGCUCACACACACACACACAUACACACACACACACAGACACGCACACACACAUGCAUGAAUGUACACAAACAAACUGCAGCUUCUGCUUCCUUGUUGUUGGUGUUAAAUGUUUUCAGUCCAGUUGACAGUGAACUGAAUUAAGGGACAGUCACAAAGUUGUUGUUGUGGAGAUAAAUGUUUGUGUCAUUUUUUGUCUUUCUUUAAACCACAAACUAAAAUGUCAGGGACAAUGUUGAAAUACUAAAUCAUGAGCCAAACAGACAACGCCACAAAAGAAUUGAACAGUUCUACCAGUCCUUUCAGACCUGUACCGGUCCUUUCAGACGUGUACCGGUCCUUUCAGACGUGUACCCGUCCUUUCAGAUGUGUACCAGUCCUUUCAGACGUGUACCAGUCCUUUCAGACAUGUACCAGUCCUUUCAGACAUGUACCGAUCCUUUCAGACACGUACCGGUCCAUUCAGACGUGUACUUUCAGACGUGUACCUGUCCUUUCAGAUACGUACCGGUCCUUUCAGACGUGUCCUUUCAGACAUGUGUACCGGUCCUUUCAGACAUGUGUACCGGUCCUUUCAGAAGCGUACCGGUCCUUUCAGACGUGUACCGGUCCUUUCAGACGUGUACCGGUCCUUUCAGACGUGUACCGGUCCUUUCAGACGUGUACCGGUCCUUUCAGACGUGUACCGGUCCUUUCAGACGUGUACCUGUCCUUUCAGACGUGUACCGGUCCGUUCAGACAUGUACCGGUCCUUU